AGCUGGGAAGAACUAGUUGGUGACAUGAGACCCUCACGUGACCAGGAGCUGCAGGGAGACGCAGCCUUCGGUGCAGUCACCACUCCCGUCUGGGUACCAGCUCCCCACCACCUCGUGUAGGGCGGGCUGGCAUUGGGCCCGGGGAAAGCAGAGCAGGUCUUCGGGUCUGUGUCAAGUGUCGUAGCGGCGCACUCGCGGCAAGAAUCGGAGGAGGAAGAGACAGCAAGGAUAGGCCCAGGAGUAAUGGCAUCCAAAGAGAAACAAGUGGUAAAAAAUCUCAGCAUGGAAAAUGCCAACCAGGAACAUGAAAAAAAGGGUGAAAAGGAGCAAGAUGCUAAUAAAGGAGAGCUGUUGGCCCUCCCUUUGGAAAUUGGUGAAUACUAUGUGCCUAGAGGAAAUCGUAGGCGGUUCCGUGUUAGGCAGCCCAUCCUGCCUUAUAGGUGGGACAUGAUUCAGAGACUUGAAGAGCCACAGGCAAGGAUGAGAGGAGAGAAUAGGGAAAGAAUUGGGGAGGAGGUGAGACAACUGAUGGAAAAGUUGAGGGAAAAGCAGUUCAGUCAUAGUCUGCGGGCAGUUAGCACUGACCCCCCUCACCAUGACCAUCGUGAUGAGUUUUGCCUUAUGCCUUGAAUUCUGAUAUUUUCCCUGGAGUUAAUAGGGAAACACUUGCUUUCUAAACUUACGUGUUCAUGAUGUAUCUUUGUUGUAAACUUUUUGAUGUCACUUGUUUCUGGUGGGUCUCUUAUUACUAGCUUCUAGUUGAAUGUUGUGUUUUUGACCCAAUCUGUAAGAUUUUGUUAGCAGGGGAGUUUUACCUAUUGCAUGGGAAGAUGCUAAUUAUAUAUUGUGAAGUUAAUAAAGCAGUUUA